AUGCUUCCAAUUGAUGACGGGGCUCCACGAGCCAGGGACCAGCGUCCCAGUCGUAGGCCUGCUGUGCAGCAGCAUGUGGAGGCCAAGCAAGUUCAUCUCCGGAGAUCAUUGUCGGAUCCAACAAUGGCUGUGAUGGCCCAGCAGGACGUUAUCAAACAGGCAGAGUUUGUUUAUUAUAUUAUUAUUAUUGUUACACCGGUGUCCGCUCAACCUGGCGUCCAUCCUGCGUUGCAGGAGCCUGACCCUCUGUGCAACGCCACAUCGGGCUGCUUCUUCCUGAGCUCAGCCCAAAAUUUCAGAGAGUUUAAGAAGCGCUAUUAUAGGAUCGACGGCCUGCAGGAAAAUGAGGAGGAAAACGAUGAGCCGACAGGACGGGAAACUCAUGAUCAUAUGGACGAUGAGCGGACAGGACAGGAAACUCCUCUCUAUCCAACACGUUUUGGAGCGGUAUGCUCAGACGGCAGCAUCAGGGUGUCUGACUUGCAGGGCGAGAGCUAUGACAAGGUGCUGUGGUGGGACAGGCGGCUGCAAAAUGUAUACGAUGCUGACGUGUCACGCGACAGGACACUUUUGCUCGUCAUGAACAUUUAUAGAGAGGCUGGAGGAGAAGGCCGUUUUCGAGAGGAGCUAUGCGUUUACCACCUCACAACGGGCGAGCAGCUUUGGAGGCUUCAUGUCGAUUACGAGUUCAUGCAGCUGGUGAACCCCUUUGCAAACAAGGACGACCGCGCUUACGGGGAGUACCUUGUGGCCAGCGACGAUGCGGGGUCCGUGUCUGGGGAUGAUGGCGGGAGGACAACUCUUCAAAUGCGCGGGAAGAUGGUCACUUCUGGUGCAGACAGGAAGGUGGUUAAUACAGACAGUGUUCCCACAACUAGGCGAGUGCGUCUCCAGGUCAACAAGGACUUCGACAAGAUGCUCACUACAAACCACGAGGAGGAUUCGUGCUUAAUUCUGUGGGACCUCAAUACUGGCAAGGAGAAGCGUAGAUACAAUCGCAUCCACACAAAGGGCAUCUGUUGUGCCCGGUUCACAAGUGACGGGGAGAGCUGCUUAACAGGCUCAGUUGAUAAAACCGCUGCAAUCACCAACCUCUCAACAGGCGAGACAACACAGCGAUUCGUGGGACAUCAAGAUGUGGUGCAUCUCGCAGCACUGUCACCGGAUGAAGACACCCUGGCGACUGGCUCGUACGACAAAACCGUGCGCAUCUGGGACGUGGCGACGGGAGUCGUGCUGCACAUGAUUGCUGAUCCCUACAGCGCACCGUCAUGCAUCUUGUUCCAGCAUCCCGCAUGGCUUCUGACUUGUAGCACGCACGGUGAUGCUAUGGGCAUCAAUAUCAAGGAUGGCAUGAAAGUACCAUGGUAUGUCGGCUUACGUUGGCUGUUCUACUUUGAUGAGGAAUUGGUCAGGAUGCGGCCCCUGAUGUUGCCCGCCGCGUUUGACGGCAGCCCCAGUAGUUCUCCAAUAGUUCUGACCUUCUCAUCUAGGGGGAGUGUGACUUCACUGGAUCUCUCGGCACGACAACUGCCACUGGAGCAGGUGGUGCUGAAGCGCUCUGCCAGCAUGUUGAGAGCCGUUUACAAGGUCAGGGGUUUCACGUCCAUCCUUCCAAAUGCGGCGGAAGGAAAAAAUGGUGCAGGCCUCCUGAAGGUCCUGUUGGAAAAGGGUGAGGGGGUCAUCAACUCGGCCCCUCUGCCUGCCAACCGCUACGGGCUCACACCGCUGGACAUGGCGGUGGCGAAUGGGUACUGGGACGCUGUGGAGCUGCUGCUGGCCAACGAGGUGUCGAGGGCUGCACCACUUCGGCUGGCAGUGAUGAAGGCAUGGAAUGAGCUGGCGUGGAAGAGGCCUGCCAUGCUGGUGAAGUUCUUGGAUGCCGUUGGUAUUGAGCGGCUCGUGGUCACCCAAGUAGCUAGGGGGGGGCCGGAUAAAAACCUCCUGGUGUUCGGAUCGCAGAUGGACCCAACGGACCCAACGGACAAUUGCAAGGCCGAGAAGGUAGCGGACGAGCUGGCGAAUGAACACCGCGAUGGCGGCGGGGUGCUCGCGAACAUCAGGGUGGCGAGCACGUCCCGUUUCAGGUCCUAUGCCAAAGGACUGGUGGACUGGCUGCUUAAAGUGGUGAAAGAUAACUUGUUCUUAUCCCGGGUGUGGCCUUUGGAGCACCGUUGGUACGAGUUUGGUUUCUGUGGAUUGCCGCACGUGGCACGGAUGACGCGAUAUGUGUACCUUUCUCCAUUGGGCGCGCUGGUUGCCAACCAUGUCCAUGGCGCCUUCUCAACUGACGCAAUAGCUGCGGUGAUCACAUACAAAUGGGACAUGUACGCUGGCAAGAUAUACCGGAGGCAGGCCGUGGGUUAUUGCUUCUUCAUGGCAUUGUACAUCACCACCACGACGAUCGGUUUGGAAUGGUACCCAAGCGUAGGCCGGCUGGCAGAUAUGUACGGCAGGAGAGGUGUGAGUACAGGGAUGGUGGUCCGCUUCUUUCUGGAGCUCUUGCUACUGCUGGGCAGCAUCCGGUAUCUGUGGCGAGAUCUUCUCCAAGUGUCCCGACAGGGAGUCCACCAGUACUUCUUCGGUAUGUGUAUGUGUAUGUACGUAUGUGCAGAUAGGUUGAAACGGGUGCUUGAAAUUGUGUUGUAA